ACAGCGACUGCGCGGGACGCCUACGUUACCGAUCUCAGUCACUGUGGGGCACUGCUGUAGACCAGAGGGCGAAUGUCGACCUACCCCAGUUGUUCCCGCCAGAGAACACAUGUGGGUCUAGUGCAAAAGGGGUGGCUCGAUUCGAUCAGUCGCUCGUUAGCUGUCGUUUCGUGAACGUUGCGUCAUUUGAGUCCGGCACUAUUCACGCUUUUACAUGUCCAUGAACAAGUUAAAGAUUUUUGGUUCCUUCUUUUGCCAACAAGUCGGAAUUUCAUAAACUGAGAGACAAAGUGCCACGUCAUCAACGUCGACUGGUCGUCGUCUUGUCUGUGGUGACAUUCAACCGGUUGAAAUCAACAAAUUUCCAUUGUUAAAAAGUGUAUCUCUUCCACGGGAAAAUUGCAAUUUGAAGUCGUCCGAAGUUUUCGUCCUUGGUUAUGAAGUCCAGCUUUCAGCCGGAUCACGAACUUUCUGUAACGAUGUACGUGAUGCUCUCCUAAAACGAUAAAGAGCGUUGAGUAUAUUCAUGACGGCGAAAACGGGAACAACGAGAAUUUACGGCGAAACAAAAGGAAGGAUAGAAAUCGAAUAGACUCUCUAGUGAAUGUCCACCAUCUCCAGGCUGAGUCCCUCACAAUCCACCAACAAUUCAAGCCAUCCAUUAGGAGCGUGAAAGGCCAUCGAAGACAAGUGAGAUUGUGAACGUAUCCCGUAGUUUCCUGAUUGGUAGCCGUCGACGCCGUAUGAUUAACCAGAUCUAAUGGGAGUGUGAUGCUAUUGAGGCGAUCCGUUUGCUGCUAAACCCGAUCAGCCCCGAUCAGUUGGACCCGACUUGCGUUCGUUGGACAUUACCCGUCACCUCCAGCGAAUUCAGUGGAGCGACGAAAAGAAAAAAUCCGUUCUGAUCGAUGAUGGAUCAUCAUGGAACAGCUAGACGGCCGAAGAUGAUCCUGGUGCUGGUGACAACGGCCCACCUCUUUGUGGUUUCGCUCGUCACGGUCGAGUCUGCGACGGCGGCCCUGCUGCCCAUUCCAGCAGAAGUUUCUUCGCGGGCGACAGACAAGAUGCUGGUCAAUACCAUCGACACCUCAGAAGAUGAAUCGAUAAAACUGGAAAAAGUCUCGGUGCUGAGCGGGAGGACGGCCGAACUUCCGUGCGACAUUACUCCGCCGCCGCUCGAUUCCCUCUAUCUCGUCUUGUGGUACAAGAACGAUUCCGAUUUCCCCAUUUACAAAUACGAUGCCCGUCGUUCGAGGGAGAGUUACCGCCAACAACAGACGCAGCACGACAGUCAAAUGCUUCUGCUACAACAACAGCAAGAACAAGGCCAAUACACGCCGACCUCAACAGCGACUCGAGUUCACUUCCAAUUCGACAGCCAUCCGGCCCUUUUGUUGUUGAGCAACGUCGUCGAUCAGGACGAGGGCGUCUAUCGAUGUCGGGUCGAUUUCGGACGGUCGCCCACUCGCAACGUCCUCGUUCAGCUCACCGUCGUCGUUCCACCUGGGAAGAUUCGAAUCAUCGAGGACAAUCGUCAAGUCUCGUCGGUCAUUGGCCCUUACGACGAAGGGGCGCAACUUUCGCUCAAUUGCAUCGUCACUGGAGGUCGACCCCGUCCAGAAGUGAGUUGGUGGUUGGACAACAAAUUAGUGGACCACACGUUCAUCAGCCCAUCGGAGAAUGUGGUGCAAAAUGUUCUGGUCAUCCCGCAACUUCAACGUCACCACCUGCACGCCAUUUUACGUUGCCAGGCGUCCAACUAUUUUGGUGCGCACAACAAGACGUCGACGCCCCAUCUUGGCCUCAAUUCCUACGGACAUCACAAUCGACAACAACAAAACACGAUCGUCUCCAGUGUUCAACUUGAUCUCAAUCUGAAGCCGUUGUGGGUGACAAUCAGCGGAACAGAGAAGCCGCUGUCUGCCGGCAAAUGUUACACGAUUGAAUGUUCCACCGGGGGAUCACGUCCAUCGGCCAGUAUCCAUUGGUACUUGCACUCGAUCCAACAGCAACCCACCAGAGAACGGAUCACGAUGGACGGACGCAACACGACGAGCACGUUGAAACUGACCCCCACGGCCAAGGAUCACGAUGCCGAAUUGAUCUGUUCGGCCGUCAAUCCCGUGAUGAUUUCGACGGCUAGUCACAACAGCAGCGAUGGCCAUAAUUUGAGCGACAGGACCUUGUCGUCGUCCAUCGAGACCCGUCGCAAACUUGUCGUCCAUUUUGCUCCAACGGCGGAAUUGGAACUGGGUCGCAAUUUGAAACCGGACUCGAUCGUCGAAGGCAACGACGUCUACUUCGAGUGUCGCAUCCGAUCCAACCCGCCGCCGCAUCGCAUCAUUUGGACUCACGAGGGCCAGAACGUGCGGGAAAAUGUGACAGCUGGAGUCCUUGUCGUGGAGCAAAGUUUGGUCAUUCGGCGAGUUUCUCGUUUCCAUUCCGGCCGCUAUUCCUGUACGGCCAUCAAUACGGAGGGGACUGGACUCAGUAACACUGUCCAGUUACGCGUCAUGUUCCAGCCGGUCUGCCGUCCUGGCCAGAAAAUCAUGUACGGAGUGGCCAAACAAGAGACAGCCGUCGUCCGCUGUCAAACGGACGCCAUUCCUCUGGCCCGUUCGCAUAGGUGGGCGUUUAAUGCGUCAGUAUCUUCAGAGAUGACUGAACUGACCGUCAAUCGAACCCAAAUUCUUCAUCAGUCAGGCAGCAGCCAUCUUGAGGAAGGGACAGAGGCACAGGAUAGCGUAUUCUCUUAUACGCCGCAAUCGGAUCGUGACUACGGGAAUCUGCUCUGCUGGGCUCGUAACGACAUUGGCGAACAACGGGAGCCUUGCGUCUAUCGCAUUUUCCUCGGUGUCCGUCCCGAUCCGCCCGUCAAUUGUUCAGUGGUCAACCAAACAGCCGACGCGGUGGAAGUUUGGUGCCGGCCGGGGUUCGAUGGCGGCCAUCCGCAGCAGUUCCAGUUUGAGAUCUUUGACACGCAGUCGGCCGUUUUGCUGUACAACAAAUCGGGCAGGUAUCCGCAUUUGAAGGUGGGCAACUUGGAGUCGGGCAUCAAACUGUUUAUCCAAGUGUCGGCCUUUAAUCAACGCGGCAGAUCCGCCCUCGUCCCUCUGGAGGCUUACACCAUCAAAAUCGCUGACAAACAAACAGUUAUCAUGGAAACGACGGACUUGAAUUCGGUGUUGGGCAUCGCCAGCGGAGUCUCUGCCUCCGUCUUGAUCGUCUGCGUGGCCAUCGCGUUAACGACGAGGUUCCGCCGUCAUCAACGCGCUCCGAGCAACCCGUCUCAGCACGACGCGCACAACAUCCAACAUCCAGUUGACAAGACCAAAAAACAAGACAGCCAACCGUACGACUUGGAUGUUGAUCCCGACGUUAUCAUCAACAGUCAACUCGUAAAUGAUCUGCAGCACGUGAAUCACGAUGCCUCCGUGCAAAGGAGUCAUCGAAAUAACAAUUCACCAGCCAGCCAAUCGCAGCAGUUAUCGAUGGCCGUCGAUCCUACACGUCCUUUCGCUAGUGCUGGACAUUCGCAUCCCGCUCAUUAUAGUCCGACAGCUGCCAGUGCGGCGAUGAGCAACAUUGAAGUCGUGGCUGUGAAAUCGCCUCACCGUCACAAGCAAGAUCCCGAAACGUCUAUUUGAUUAAUGUCGAAUGGAAACGAAUGCAGCACAUUCGAU